CCAAUCUUUAAUGGAGAGGGUUACCACUACUGGAAAACCCGAAUGCAAAUUUUUAUCGAGGCAAUAGAUCUAAAUAUCUGGGAAGCCAUAGAAAUAGGGCCUUAUAUACCCACCACAGUAGAAAGAGUUUCAAUAGAUGGUAGUUCAUCAAGUGAAAGCAUAACCAUAGAAAAACCUAGAGAUAGAUGGUCUGAAGAGGAUAGAAAACGAGUACAAUACAACCUAAAAGCCAAAAACAUAAUAACAUUUGCCCUAGGAAUGGAUGAAUAUUUCAGGGUUUCAAAUUGUAAGAGUGCUAAGGAAAUGUGGGACACUCUUCGAUUAACACAUGAAGGAACUACAGAUGUUAAAAGAUCUAGGAUAAAUGCACUAACUCAUGAGUAUGAAUUAUUUAGAAUGCAUGCAAAUGAAAAUAUUCAGAGUAUGCAAAAGAGAUUUACACAUAUAGUAAAUCAUCUAGCAGCCUUAGGCAAAGAAUUUCAAAAUGAAGAUCUUAUAAACAAGGUGCUAAGAUGUUUAAGUAGAGAAUGGCAACCCAAAGUAACGGCUAUUUCUGAAUCAAUAGAUAGCGGAUGCUCAAAACAUAUGACUGGAGAUGCAUCAAAUUUUACACAUAUAUCUCGAAAGAAAAGCGGGCAUGUAACAUAUGGUGACAACAACAAAGGUAGAAUUCUUGGAGUGGGUAAAAUAGGUACAAAUUCUUCAAACUCCAUUGAAAAUGUUCUACUUGUUGAAGGCCUUAAGCACAGCCUGCUUAGCGUUAGUCAACUAUGUGACAAAGGCUAUCUAGUAUCAUUUGAUUCUCAGAAAUGUCUUAUAGAACAUAAGCAUGACAUUAAUAUAAAGCAUGUAGGACAUAGAGUCAAUAAUGUUUACAUGAUAGACUUAAGCAUAAAACAAGAAAACAAUCAUUGCUUUCUUAGUAAAGAUGAUGAUCCAUGGUUAUGGCAUAAAAGAAUUGCUCACAUAAACAUGGAUCACUUAAAUAAAUUAAUUUCAAAAGAUUUAGUAGUUGGUUUGCCUAAAUUGAAAUUUGAAAAAGAUAAACUAUGUGAUGCAUGUCAAAAGGGCAAACAAACAAGAGUCUCAUUCAAAUCUAAAAAUGUUGUUUCAACCACUCGACCAUUACAGUUAUUGCAUAUGGAUCUAUUUGGUCCAUCUAGAACCAUGAGUUUUGGAGGAAAUUACUAUGCUUUAGUUAUAGUUGAUGAUUUCUCUAGAUAUACUUGGACAUUAUUUAUUACACAUAAAAGUGAUUCAUUCCAAGCAUUUAGGAAACUUGCUAAAGUCAUACAAAACAAGAAAAAUCUCAAGAUUGCAUCCAUUAGAAGUGAUCAUGGGGGUGAAUUUGAAAAUAAAGAUUUUGAAUUAUUUUGUGAUGAACAUGGUAUUGAACAUAAUUUUUCUGCACCAAGAACCCCUCAACAAAAUGGAGUUGUUGAGAGGAAAAAUAGGUCAUUGGAAGAAAUUGCAAGAACUUUAUUAAAUGAUACUUCUCUUCCAAAGUAUUUUUGGGCUGAAGCUGUCAAUACUGCAUGUUACAUCAUGAAUAGAGCCUUGAUAAGACCUAUUUUAAAGAAAAUCCCAUAUGAGUUAUUUAAUGGUAGAAAACCUAAUAUUUCUCAUCUACAUGUUUUUGGUUGCAAGUGCUUUGUACUUAAUAAUGGUAAAGAUAAUCUAGGAAAAUUCGAUGCAAAAUCUGAUGAAGGCAUUUUUCUUGGAUAUUCAUUACAAAGCAAAGCAUAUAGAAUAUAUAAUAAGAGAACUAUGAAUAUAGAGGAAUCCAUUCAUGUUACCUUUGAUGAAGAAUGGAAAACUUCAAGAGAUCAUCCCCUCGACAACAUUAUUGGUGAUAUCUCAAAAGCAAGAUUAGAAGCCAUUAGAAUGCUAUUGGCAUAUGCAUCCAUAAUGAAUUUUAAACUUUAUCAAAUGGAUGUUAAGAGUGCCUUUCUAAAUGGCUUAAUUCAAGAAGAGGUAUAUGUUGAACAACCCCCUGGUUUUGAAAUUCCUGAUAAACCAAACCAUGUUUAUAAAUUACAAAAGGCUCUUUAUGGUUUGAAACAAGCCCCUAGGGCAUGGUAUGAACGAUUAAGCAAUUUUCUUCUAGAAAAAGAUUUCUCCAGAGGUAAAGUGGAUACCACAUUGUUCAUAAAGAGAAAGCAUAAUGAUAUUUUGUUGGUUCAAAUAUAUGUUGAUGAUAUAAUUUUUGGAUCCACUAAUGAUUCAUUGUGCAAGGAGUUUUCCCUUGAUAUGCAAAGUGAAUUUGAAAUGUCAAUGAUGGGAGAACUAAAGUACUUUCUGGGAUUACAAAUCAAGCAAACUCAAGAAGGUAUAUUCAUCAAUCAAUCCAAAUACUGCAAGGAAUUGAUCAAAAGAUUUGGGAUGGAUAGUGCAAAACACAUGUCUACACCGAUGAGCACUAAUUGUUACUUAGAUAAAGAUGAAUCUGGUCCGUCUAUAGACAUAAAACAAUAUCGAGGUAUGAUCGGAUCUCUUCUUUAUUUAUCUACUAGUAGACCUGAUAUUAUGUUUAGUGUAUGCAUGUGUGCUAGGUUUCAAUCCAACCCCAAACAAUCACAUUUAAGUGCAGUAAAGAGAAUCAUGAGAUAUCUAUUAGGAACAAUCAAUUUAGGAUUAUGGUAUCCUAAGAAUUCAACAUGUAACUUAAUAGGAUAUUCUGAUUCUGAUUUUGCCGGAUCUAAAACUGAUAGAAAAAGUACAAGUGGAACUUGUCAAUUUAUUGGAUCGGCUCUUGUCUCAUGGCAUAGUAAGAAACAAAACAGUGUUGCUUUAUCUACUGCUGAAGCGGAGUAUAUCUCUGCCGGUAGUUGUUGUGCACAAAUUUUAUGGAUGAAGCAACAAUUAUCUGACUAUGGCAUCAUUCUUGAUCGCAUACCUAUUAAGUGUGAUAAUACUAGUGCCAUAAAUCUAUCCAAAAACCCAGUUCAACAUUCAAGAACUAAACAUAUAGAGAUUAGACACCACUUUCUUAGAGAUCAUGUCUUAAAGGGAGAUUGUGUAUUAGAAUUUGUUGAUACUAAGAAUCAACUUGCUGAUAUUUUCACUAAACCUCUCCCCAAGGAAGUGUUCUUCUCUAUUAGAAGAGAAUUAGGUCUCUUAGAUGUAAAGGAAGUAGAGAAUGUCAUUUAUGUUGGUGUCACACCAAUGAUAUCAAGUAACGACAGCCUAGGAAGAAAACUCAACGAGGCACUUCUGAAGAAGAGGUUCAACCAUCAUGCUGCCGUGGCUGAGGAUGCAGAUCAGAAACCUCACACAUGUUCAAGCAUGCAUGAUGCUGUGAUGGAUCUCUUGCAUGAUAUUUGCUUUCAAGUCUCCAAAAUGCAAGCUGGAAGCCAGAUCUCAAACCGGUGCUAG